AUGCUCCACAUUCAGCAUCAAAUCCUGGCUGGCAAAUCCCGUCACACGAAGGCGAUCUUGGACCUGGACCUCGAGUGUGCCUUCGAUAUCAUCAGUCAUUCCACCAUCCUCGAACGCAUCUACCUGCUCCCCCCCAUCCUCAGAGAACGUACUUACAACUACCUAAGAGACUUUCUAUCCAAUCGGAAGGCCUUCCUCUCGGUCAGAGACAUUUCAUCGGAGCAGCUGUCCCUCGGCCGCACGGGCACACCGCAAGGCAUCGCAAAUUCUGAAGGAGCUUGUGGCCCUAACAAUGUGCUGACUGUGUCUGACCAAGGCAAGGAUGACCUUACUUCUUUCGGCCUCGCCCACGAAAUAUCACAUGCGAUUGGAGCUGUGCACGAUGGCGAAGGUACCGCGGACAGUUGCUUCGACGUUGGAUACGUAAUGAGCCCAUACAUGAUACCAUCUGCCAAUCCGUCUUACUCGCCUUGCAGCAUUGCCGAUAUUGAGAAGUUUUUGGGACAGACGGACAAUGCUCGUUCCUUUGCUACACUGGCCGCAAGUCUUCUUUUCGCCUGCCAGAACGAGAUGGUAAACCCUGCAACAAGUUUGAUGCAUCUCAGAUGUGCAACGAAGGAAAUUGCAUAUAAAUUAAUAAAUAACUGCUGUGUCUACGGUGGAGGCAUUUUCACCGUAGUAUCUUCUUGAAUUUGUUAAGAAAGAAUAUAUUUCGAAAAUGAAGGCGAAGGAGAUGCUUUAUGCCACACACAAACACUCUUUUGAAGACCUCAAGGACACAUGCAUAAACCAAUAUAUGACUACGGAACUGCCAUUAGAUACAAAGGCAAUAAUUAGCCUCCUGUCUACAUAAAUAAAUGAGCAAAGUGCAUAUAUAACCAUUCUUUGGUGUGGAGUGUCAGAGAA